UAAGUCCAUACUUUUAAGCAUCUAAGUCCGCAAUUCUGUGGUGAAACCAUACAAAUUAGUUGACCAAUUGCGUUAUGGUGUCCCUACCAGCUGCAGUGUCCUAUGUGGAGCAAAAUGCGUGGUUGGAAAGCAAAAGACGGGGUAGUUUUAUGUUUGUACCUGCUUUUUAUGUCUGGAGUGUAUGCAGCGAGCGUGCCCCACAAGGAUACUUCCAAGUUCAGCAUGGGUUCCAUCAUGGAGGCAGCAUUACCAGCCAUACACCCGAUAGUGGCUGCAGGGUCUAACCGAUGUGAAGCGUUCAAGAGCUUCUUUGGACUGACCUACGAGCAAAUGCAAGCGAAAUACGCAUCCACAUUCCAAGACUCUUUGACCAUAGAUCACAUCACCAAAAACGGCAAUAUUAAGUACAACAUAACAGCGUAUAAGCAGUUCAGAAGGUUCCUGGGGACUUCCAGAGAUGUCGUUGUAUUGGUGCACGGGUUCUUGGAGAGUUCUGAUGGCGUGAUGGUGCAGGGUCUUGCGCCGUCGCUGCUGAAGCAACCAGGACUGGUGGUACUGGCCCUGGAUGGACGGAAGGUCAUCAGCUUGGAGUACUUCAGGUCGUCGACGUAUGCUCGGUUCAUGGGAGAAAACCUUGGAGCGUUUUUGAGUGAAAUUAUCAAAGAAGGACAAGACCCGGCCAAAAUAACCCUUAUUGGGCAUAGUCUUGGAGCCCACAUUGCCGGCAUCGCUGGUAAAAGGGUUCAUCAGCUGACCGGAAAAAUGCUCAGCAGGAUCGCGGGCCUGGACCCCGCGGGACCUUGCUUCAGCAACAUCAGCCUUGAGGGCCGCUUGGACCCCGGGGAUGCGGACUACGUGGAUGUGAUACAUACCAAUGCAGGGAUGCUGGGAUUGCUUGAGCCUGUAGGACGAAAGGAUUUUUACCCAGCGGGCGGCAUGACCCAGCCAGGGUGUUUCUUGUCGACGUGCGACCACAGCAGGGCUUGGCAACUGUUCGCCGAGUCCAUUACAGCACCGAAGCGUUUUCCAGCACGCAAGUGUGGCAACUGGACGAUGUUCAAAAGCGGUCUCUGUUCGAAGAAAGAGGUGGCUUUCAUGGGCAUGGGGUCCAAGGCUGGCUCUCCCGGGGUCUAUUACCUGAACACUGGCUCUUCCUCGCCGUACGGAUUAGGCGCUGCCGGUAGUGGGUGAUGGAAAUACAAACGAAUACAAAAACAAGUUUUUUUUAUUAUGCUAGUACUUAAAUCCAUUUAUUAACUUUGAAGCACAAUAACACAGCUAAAUAUUCAACUUAUUCCAUAUUCACAAUAUGAAAAGGUAAAAGAAAAACUUUAUUUCUUAACAAUAAUUAUUACAAUUCACUUAAUUACGUGUUCUCAGCACAUACACUUAGGUACGUAGCCGAAAUUCAAAUACAAAUUCAAGGAGUGCAAGCUGUGCAAGAAGCACUUAUAUUUUUUAUAUUCAAA